AAAUACAGUCACCAUGGAAGCAAUCGCACACAGCUCAUUAACAUUUUAACAACCUGCGCCACCUGCCUUUCUCUCUCCUCUCUUAUCUGAGAGAAAGCCCCCCCUUUUUCAACUGCCUGUCACCAAAAAAUGAAAUAAAAAGAAGAAUCGCAGCCCGAAGCAAAAGCAAAGGCUAUAGGAAUAUCCUAAGCGAUCCCCAAGCCAAGCCCCCGACUUUUUCUCUCUAUAAAUACCACGCUCUCUCUGUCCUCGUCUGUCCUUCUUCUUCUUUUAUAAGCUGGAUAUGAAAGUGGAGCUCAAUCCUAAUCAUCACCAUCAGGAUCAAGGGACCGAGACCGAGAUGUGCAGGACUAUCGAAGUCGUCGCCGGAGGCGUUGUGCUCUCUCCGGCGAAGCAAGUCGCCGGCGCCGACGACUGCGCCGACGACCUCUUCAUUCCGCCGCUCAACUUCUCCAUGGUCGAUAACGGCAUUUUCAGGUCCGGCUUCCCGGAGUCCGCCAACUUCUCCUUCCUCCAAACCCUAGGCCUCCGCUCCAUCAUAUGUCUGUGUCCAGAGCCGUAUCCAGAGGCGAACGUGGAGUUUUUAAAGUCCAAUGGGAUUAAGCUCUUUCAAUUUGGGAUUGAAGGCUACAAGGAGCCUUUUGUAAACAUCCCAGAGGAUACAAUCCGUGAAGCGCUAAAAGUUGUCCUUGGUACUCAAGAAAUUAAUCAUUUUGCACUUAGUUUCAUAGAGACCAGAAUUACAGCACUGUUAUAUGCUUACAUUUAUUUACUUUUCUGCAAUGCAGAUGUAAGGAAUCAUCCUGUCCUAAUUCAUUGUAAACGAGGGAAGCAUCGGACUGGUUGUCUCGUGGGAUGCUUGAGAAAAUUGCAGAGGUGGUGCCUGACAUCUGUUUUUGACGAAUACCAGCGGUUUGCAGCUGCGAAAGCCAGAGUUGCAGAUCAGAGGUUCAUGGAGAUGUUUGAUGUUUCUAGCUUGAAGCAUCUACCGAUGCCAUUUUCAUGUUCAAAGAGGUAAAAUCAGCCAAGUAUUAUUGAAUGGCUUUUGCGUCUUCUUUUGGUCAAAGAAGAGAAUCCUAUUCCUAGGUCCUUUCUACUUUGUCGGAAUAAAUAGGAAAAGGUGAUGAUGAGUUCCUGGUAUGCAUUUCAGCGGAAAAGGAAUUUAAUUCUUCUUUUUUUUCCUUAUUCAUAAAUAAUAAGCAGCCUAUAUAAGUAUAUAUAAUCUCACUUUAUGUGCUUUGAGUGUUAGUACCUUUUUUUCCUCACAUCUCACCCCACCCUCUCUCCUUCUUUUCCCAAUUUUUUUUUUUAUAAUUAUUUUUAGUUCUCCUUUCACUUUUAUUUUCAUUAAAUUACUAAGCUGAUGCCGAAAACGUCUUGACUCUUGGCUUGCAAAUCAAGAUGGUCCAUGAAUCUUGUACUGGAGUCUGGGGGUGACUCAGAAUUUGAGAGUUGAUCUAAUUCCGUCAUAAUUAGUUGUGGGGUCCAGAAUUGGAAUUCUUAAAAAAAAAAUUCAGUAUUAAUAUUGUAUUUGUAUUUUAUUGAAAAGUAAAAUACAGUGCAAAUGUAACUAAGAUAUCAAUAGUACAUGGAAAGCUGUAUAUUCGAGCAGAGUGAAAAAGAUUGAUGAUCAAAAUAAAAAUGCUUGAGGGAAGGUUCAGUUCAGGCGUA